AAGCUCAUGGUCAACAUUGUUUUCCCUUUUGAAUGGUCUCUGAGCGGAACAAAGGCGCGUGUGUGAUGGGUCUCUUGCUUAUGAUCACUCUUUGAUCUGCGGGCAGUAGACCAUUGAUUCUUCUUGUCUCUAUCAUUGAUCUUUUUUGAUCAAGAUGUUGUUGUUGAACUCGAAUUGAUCUCUGGGGCUAUAGGUGAGCACCACCUGCAAAGGUGAGACGCUGUCGUGACGUGAGCGCGAACAUCAAAGCUGUUAAAACACCGCACACAACGUUAAUGCGACGAUCGAGCCUUAAAGUCCCGACUCCCUUCCCGCGGUGGUCAUCGCGCCACGAUGCAGAGCCGCAAAGUGUCGGACUUCAGCAUCGACAGCAUUCUCGCAUCAAAACCGGAACCGGGCCACCGCGAGCUCCAGACAAGCCCGAACCUGCGGCACCCAGAGCAGGACCCCUCACGAGGACGCGCGCCACAGCUCCUGCCGCCGCUCGGGAUGAGGUUCGAGCAGUUCGGGUACCAGCAGUCAGGGUUAGCGCCGAACCGGGUCCUCGCUUCUCACCCGCCGGCUCCGUGCUGCCUUCUCAGCUGGAACUUUGCGACGCUUCUCCAAGCUCACUCGGGUAACUGUGGAAUUCGCGAGGCUGGAGGGUCUGCGCAGGCGCAACACUGUCAGAGGCUGCGGACGGUGUUCACGGAGAGUCAGACUCGCCAGCUGGAGGCGCUGUUUCAUACAGACAACUAUCCGACAGUGGAGGUUCGGACUCGUCUGGCUGCCAGGAUCGGACUGAGCGUUGAGAAUGUCCGGGUGUGGUUCAAGAACCGCCGCGCAAGGAGGAAGCGACAGGUUCAACGCAGGGCUGCUCACCAGCACCAGUGACGGAUGGCACUUCACCUGCGGCGCUGCCGUCUGCACUUCUUCAUCCGCGAGGUCAAAAUGCAAAGCCACCUGGAAGAAAGUGGCAGUUCUGUCAUGAAAGCAAUAAACGCACAUCA